GCGCAGAAUCAAAACGAUGGCUCAAAGGAUCAAAACAAAGCCAAAGCCAAACUAUGAUCGGAAAGCAAAGCACCCGGACUAUGUCCAAUUUCGGUGCAAUGCCUAUGCUUUCAACAGCAUCAUUAGAGACAUAAAGGACAAGCUCAAUGAAAGGCAGAAGAAGCUUCUCAAGAAAACCCCUUUCUGGAACUUGAUCGAGCUGUUUUACCGCCAGAGAAUUGACAUGAAUAACAUGAAUAAGUCGGACAUUGACUUAGCACAGCUGCUCAAGAAAUUUGAUCCGGAUACAAAGUCCUUCAAAUUUGGAACCAAAUCAUUCCAAAUCACAAGCAAUGCAGUGACUCAGAUUCUAGGACUGCCAAAUGAAGGCAAAUUUGUCAAACUUGUCAAUGAUAGGUACACUGCUACCUUCAGAACAAGGCACUUUGGAGAAAAGGGAAAACCUUCAAAAAACCAGGUAGAAGCAAAAUUACAAAAGACAAUUGCCUUGGCAAACCAACUGAAGAAAGAAAAGGCAAAGACAGAGCAAAAGAAAAAAACGAACAAAGGAAAAGAAAAGAAAGAAGCUGAAGAAGAAGAAGAAGAAGAAGUUGAUUACGACAAGGAGGUGGUCAGCCUAAUAUUGAUUCUGCUGUGCAUGACAUUCCUUUUUGCCAACUCUUCAUCUACUUUGCAUUGGAAAUUAUUUGAGCACUGCGUGAAUCUCGACACACUUUCAAGCUAUUCAUGGGCAAGAGCUGUUUCAGACUACAUGAAUGAAUCCUUGACCGCAAAAGCAAAAGCAAAAGCAAAGAAGGGAGGAGAAGCCUCUAUAGGAGCUGUUUCGGGUUGCACUAUCCUAAUAUUGUUUCUACUGUGUGAGAGGACAAACAUCAUACAACCAAUCCUUGGCAAGGAGAAAGAAACUCCUGCCAUUCUUAAAUGGAGUCUUGUGGAACUCCACACAAGAUUCAACCAAAUAAAGGACUUGAAUGACAUCGAGGGUAUUUUCAAAACUCCUAAAAAGCGAAAAACUACCAGGGAAGAGGAAGACACUGUUGAGAAGAUAAUUGAAAUCUUUUCUAAUUAG